AUGGCGCUCACGAUGCGCUCUCGCACGGCGGCGGCGGCGUUGCUGGCCCUGUGCCUGCUGGCGGCUUGCGUGGUUGCUGCGGCGGUGCCGUCGACAGCGGCGAUUGAGAGCCUGAGCCUCGAGGAGCUCGACGAGAAGCUUCAGACGUGUCCCAUCGUCAAGGAGCUCAACGCCGCCAAGCACGCACACCACGCCUCGCAGCCCUCGUCGUUGACGACGCGACUCUUCGCCGCCCUCUUCCCGAGCUCGCGCCCGGCCAUCAACGCGCUCCUCGCGACGCUCUACAUCUCGGGCCCGCCCAACUUCCUCCUCGCCCUGUGCCCGACCAAUAUCGACCCGGCGUCGCUGAGCGUCAUGGUGGCCUUUGCCGUCGGCGGCCUGCUCGGCGACACCCUCUUCCACCUGCUGCCCGAGAUCUUCCUCGGCGAGGACGAGUCGGAGCGCGCGCGCUUCGUCCUCGUCGAGCCCAACCGCAACCUCGUGCUGGGGCUCGGCAUCCUCGUCGGCUUCAUGACGUUUGUGGCCAUGGACAAGGGGCUGAGGAUCGCGACAGGCGGCCAGGGUCACGACCACGACCAUGGGCACGGGCACGCUCAUGGGAAGAAGGAGGAUGCGUCUGUGGUUAAGGCGUCUGGCGCCGAUACCGGAAACGGCUCGACCAAGUCGAGGAAGAAGGCCGGCAAGGAGACUGCCGGAGCGAGCAGCGAUGCUCUCGUGGAGCAAAAGGAGGUGAACCCGAGCGUCAAGCUGGGCGGCUACCUCAACCUCAUCGCCGACUUCACGCACAACAUCACAGACGGACUGGCCAUGUCGGCCAGCUUCUACGCCUCGCCCACCAUUGGUGCCACCACAACCGUGGCUGUCUUCUUCCACGAGAUUCCCCACGAGGUCGGCGACUUUGCCCUGCUCGUGCAGUCUGGCUUCUCCAAGCGCGCAGCCAUGGCGUCGCAGUUUGUCACGGCGAUUGGCGCCUUGCUGGGGACGCUGAUUGGCAUCGCAAUUCAGGAACUCGGCGGUGGUGCAUCUACUUCGGAGGUCUCGAUGCCGCGCAAUGCCGGCCUCUGGGGAACGAGUUUGACCUGGGGCGAUAUGCUGCUCCCCUUUACCGCUGGUACCUUCCUGUACGUCGGCACCGUGGCGGUGAUCCCGGAGCUGCUGGAGACGGGGCCGAACAAGGGGGCGGAGCUUCGCAAGACCCUGGUGCAGUUCACCGCCGUCGCGGUGGGGGCUGGUGUGAUGCUGUACAUCUCAUGGCACGAUUAA